UCCUGGCACCUGGGUCAGGAGGAGCGCGUCGCCCGGGUGCGUCAUUGAACUUGCGGGGCGCAUCCCCGGAACCUUGCGGUGCGCGUCCACGAUGCUCGGGGCGCCCCGCUAACAAUGGGCGUGUUGGCGGAGUACAACUCCAGCGGCAACUUGACCCCGGCGGUGUCCGAGGCGGGCACGGUGCUCCCGGGCUACCUGGCGCUGCUGGUGUCGGUGCUGAUGGUGACGCUGGUGGUCACGGUGGUGGCGGGGAACGCGCUGGUCAUCAUGGCUUUCAUUGUGGAUAAAUCCCUGAGAACUCAGAGCAACUACUUCUUUCUCAACCUGGCCAUAUCUGAUUUCCUAGUGGGUGCCUUCUGCAUCCCGGUCUACAUCCCCUACAACCUGACGGGCAGGUGGAUGCUGGGUAAGGGUCUCUGCAAGGUGUGGCUGGUCAUGGACUACCUGCUCUGCACCGCCUCCGUCUUCAACAUCGUCCUCAUCAGUUACGACCGCUUCCUGUCCGUCACCAGAGCUGUGAAGUACAGAGCCCAGCGCAACAUGACCCGUCAAGCCGUGUUGAAGAUGGUGGCCGUGUGGGCGCUGGCCUUCCUCCUCUACGGCCCCGCCAUCAUCUUCUGGGAGGCGCUGGUGGGCCGGAGCGUGGUGCCGGCGCACGAGUGCUACGCCGAGUUCUACUUCACCUGGUACUUCCUCCUCUGCGCCUCCACCUUCGAGUUCUUCACCCCCUUCGUGUCGGUGGCCUUCUUCAACCUGAGCAUCUACCUGAGCAUCCACCGGCGCAACAAGAGCCUGGCGGCGUGCGCCGAGGUCGCGCCGCCCCCGCCGAAGAGCCGCAAGAGGCAGCGGGACGGCGUGGCCUGGUCGGUGUUCUUCGUCAAGACUCGGAAGGUGUCGUGCAGCGAGCCCACCGCCAUCUCCGCCGUCAUCGAGGACGACGACGUGCUCUCGCCGUCCUCCGGCGGGAACAACCCCGCCGCCAGCCAGGUCCUGGCUCAGCGGGGGAAUCUCUCCCCCGGGAGAAGGAACUCUGAGCUCUUCCAACCGUCGCCGUCCAUGGGGGCGCCCGGGCGCCGGGCGCAGGGAUCCCGCCUCUCCCGCGACAUCAAGAUCGCCAAGUCCUUAGCCGUCAUCGUGUGCACUUUUGGGAUUUGCUGGGCGCCUUACACCCUCCUGAUGAUCAUCCGCGCCGCCUGCAGCGGCACCUGCGUGGCCGACUACUGGUACGACAUCACGUUCUGGCUGCUCUGGCUCAACUCGGCCAUCAACCCGUUCUUGUACCCGCUGUGCCACAGCAGCUUCCGAAGGGCUUUCUCCAAGAUCCUGUGUCCCAGGAAACCGUCCAUCCAGCCUCAGAUCGAGGCGCAGUCUUGCUAGGAACAAACUGCAAACCCAUGCAAAAACUGUGUUCAUAAAAACAAAAAAACUUCUCGUUCUUCCAUGGCGAAAAUAGGAAAAGUGAGUCUGUGAGGUCACUCGAAAAGCACACGUGGCAAUAUCAUGUCAUCCGACAAAGUAAGGAGAACGAGUGCAUACCUCCGCCAAGGCUCUGCGACACAAAACAAUCACGUCUUUGCACUACUUCAAUUUUUACAGUGGAACCCCAACUCACUCGGAUUUGCGUGGAAAGAAAGACAAAAAAAGGUUCUUUCAAUAUCUCAUUAAUCCGCUCCGGGUGUUGUUGAUAGAGUGUCCGCCCUGAGAUCGGUAG